AUGUCAGUGGGUACAGAUCAACAGGUGACUGGUAUUGGGACAGCACCAAACACCGAAUUCAACCACAUUAUCACACAAAAGUACCCUAAUCACACCAUUAUCUACAUAGAUGAAUCCAAAAUUCCAGAUGCACCCUCGCUAGGAGCCUCAUGCGUGACUCCUUCGUUACAUCACAUACAAACGCUGAGUCUCAACAACUUGGCUUCCAUCUUUACAGCAGAAAGCGCUGCCUUAGACAUGGCACUGGACCUAAUCAUCUCCAAGAACUGCUUAAAGACUUUGAUCUGCACAUACUCGCUAUCUGUCCUUCAAGCCAUAAAUGGAAAAACUUUCAACAAAUAUGCUAAUCAAUACAUUAUUGAAAUCAAAAAGAAACUAUUUCAGUUAACACACAAUUCAUCAUCAAGCCAUACAAUCACCAUUAUGUGGAUACCCUCUCACGUAGGCAUCACAGGAAACGAAGCAGCCGAUACAGCUGCCAAAGAGGCAACAAAUAGUACCUCAAAUACAGAAGACAAUCUCCCACUCCCAGAUGCACUCAGCCAUCUAAGGGAGGAAAUAUGGCAACACACUCUUCAGAAAUGGAUGACGGACUCAGCUACUAAAGGAACAAUCUACUUCAACACAUUUUUCGAACCAGUCAAAACUCCCGGGUUCCAAAAACACAGACUACCCAGAUUCAUCACUUCCUGGGUCACACGCUACAGAUCUAACCAUUACAACCUAGCAGCGUCCUUGGCAAGGACAGGAAUUCCCAAGGACAGUAAAUGCUGGUGCGGCCAUCCUGAACAAAUGUUCAAUCACUGUGACGUACCUUGCGUGGACGGUCGGGAAAGUCACUAA